ACCAUAUGAAUCUCACGAUCAAAGAUAACAUCUCAUCUUCUAUAUAGUACUUGUCUCGGUAAUAGAGACGUACACACUUUGUUUAUAGUCAAAUCAAUAUGGGAUCUUUCGUGAAAGAGGAAACGUCGUCGUUGAUGACGGAUUUUUUGGAGAAGUGUGGCGGUUAUGCGGUGGUAGACGGAGGGUUUGCGACGGAGCUACAACGCCACGGAGCUGACAUCAAUGAUCCACUUUGGAGUGCUAAGUGUCUUAUUACUUCUCCUCACCUUGUUACAAAGUUCUAUAAAGUUUCGAUAGAAUCGGCGAGGUUUCUGAGGUGUGCGAGUAGCGGACGUGUGAUGAGGGAGCCGUCUAUGCUUGUGAGGGAGGCUGCGGCGGAGCAGCUCGAGGAGACGCAGAGCGAUUGGCUCUCUCUCUGUUGGUGGCCGACCCAUCUCAAAUCAACUCACAACGACGCUUCUGAUCUAGAUAACGGAACAGACGAUUUGCCGUCGUUCACUGAGUUCAGUUUCGACCAACUACGAGCUGCUACUUGUGGAUUCUCUACAGACAGUAUCGUAUCCGAACAUGGUGUUAAAGCUCCUAAUGUUGUGUAUAAAGGCAGACUUGAAGAUGACCGAUGGAUCGCUGUUAAACGCUUCAAUAGAUCCGCUUGGCCUGAUACUCGUCAAUUUCUUGAAGAAGCAAAAGCUGUUGGGCAGUUGAGGAAUGAGAGGUUGGCGAAUUUGAUUGGAUUCUGUUGUGAAGGAGACGAGAGAUUGCUCGUUGCUGAGUUUAUGCCUUUUGAAACUCUCUCUAAGCAUCUCUUCCAUUGGGAUAGCCAGCCAAUGAAGUGGUCUAUGAGGUUGAGAGUGGCUUUGUAUCUUGCACAAGCACUUGAGUAUUGCAGCAGCAAAGGUCGCGCCUUGUAUCACGAUCUUAAUGCUUACAGGAUCUUGUUUGACCAGGAUGGUAACCCGAGAUUAUCUUGCUUCGGUCUUAUGAAGAAUAGUAGGGAUGGGAAGAGUUACAGUACAAAUUUGGCUUUCACACCUCCUGAAUAUCUAAGAACAGGGAGAGUGAUUCCGGAGAGCGUGGUCUAUAGCUUUGGAACGCUGUUGCUAGAUCUUCUCAGCGGCAAACACAUACCACCAAGCCAUGCGCUUGAUCUGAUUCGUGGGAAGAACUUCCUCAUGCUGAUGGACUCGUGUCUCGACGGUCAUUAUAUGCAGCCAAUGGAUGGGUUAUAUCUCAAGAAGUUAGUUUAUCCUUAUGAUGUGCACUUAGAUUACCUUGAAUCUGGAGCAAAUAUCAUCAUAACCGCAUCUUACCAGGCGACGAUCCAAGGAUUCGUAGCAAAAGGUUUAUCUGUGGGAGAAGCGGAAAGUUUACUUAGAAGAAGCGUUGAAAUCACGUACGAGGCACGUGAGAUUUUCUACAACAGAUGCACCAAGGGUUCAUGGGAUUUCGUCUACGCCGGAAAAGCUUCCCGGCGACCUAUUCUUGUUGCAGCUUCCGUUGGUAGCUAUGGAGCUUAUCUCGCUGACGGCUCUGAAUACAGUGGGAUAUAUGGAGAUUCUGUGAGUAAGGAGACUUUAAAGGACUUCCAUAGAAGAAGAGUUCAAAUCUUGGCAAACUCUGGAGCCGAUCUCAUCGCAUUCGAGACUAUUCCAAAUAAACUCGAAGCAGAGGCUUAUGCGGAUCUUCUUGAGGAAGACAUCAACAUUCCGGCAUGGUUCUCGUUCACUUCAAAGGAUGGAGUUACUGUGCCACGAGGAGAUUCGGUUGUAGAAUGUGCGAAAGUGGCAGAUUCUUGCACGAAAGUGGUGGCCAUUGGAAUCAAUUGUACUGCACCAAGAUACAUUCACGAUUUGAUUAUCUCCUUGCGUCAGGUGACUCGCAAACCGAUCGUUGUGUACCCAAAUAGCGGGGAAAUCUACGAUGGUCUGAACAAGAAAUGGAUUAAGUCAGAGGGAGAGUCAGAGGAGGAUUUUGUGUCGUACGUGAGUAAAUGGAGAGAUGCAGGAGCAUCUCUGUUUGGAGGAUGUUGUCGGACUACUCCAAACACCAUCAGAGCCAUUGCUAAAGUUCUCUCAGGCGAAUCUCCCGCAGCAUCAAAACCCAAAUUCCGGCAGUAGACUUGUCAACGGUGAGUUUCUAUAUACUUGUGAUGUCAGGAAGGAGUUUCAGAUGUACAAUAUUAAUAACGCAAGUGUAAUUGUGUAAUCUACUUAACUUUUAUAUGUAAGUUAGGGUGUUUAAUCUGUGCUUUUUGUGGUUAUGAGUAUGAUAGAUAAUAUGUGUAAUGUCUCGUCGUUGCGGGAUUAAGCGAUAUAUAGUAUGAUGUUGAUGUAAGCAUAUUUCUAUUAAUGUACUGUAAACAAAUUAAAGUUGAUAAGUUGUA